GGCCAAAUUACCGGAGACCGUUUCCUCACACACUCACAGCUCCUCGGCACAAUGGGAAAAUUCAGCGCGCGCGGGCUCAAAUUCAACAUCCCUUCCAUUGUUGAUGGCCUCUUUGGGCUGCCUACUCCCGCUGGAAGACAGCGGACGUGGACAAUUCGCGACAACUACAAGCGCUACUCUGCCGCCCAGGCAGAGCCCGAGCGACGAGCGCUCAAGUACAUUACUUAUAACACUACCUUGCCGAUGGCGGCCCGCGUCCAGGCGCAGAUGAAGCUUUCUGGGAUGCCUUCAAAUACAAGAAUGACCAUGGUCAAGAACCGUUGUGUGAUGACCGGAAAGGGUCGCUCGAUUCUGAGCAAAUUUAAGAUGUGCAGAUUUGUGUUCAAGGAGAUGGCCAAGAGAGGCGAAAUCCCUGGUGUUCGGCGGGCAAACUGGUGAUCUAUUAUUAUCGACAAGUUU